AAAGCAAAACCGAUUUACAUUUAGAAACACGGUCGUUUAUUGUUCUAGGGUUUUACGGCUUCGCGAUUGGCUGCAGCAGAGCCAAAUUGAUUAAUCUUUCUCGUCAAAUAUUCGAUAUCUGUUUCUUUUAUCAACAUAACCCUAGGCAUUUCUUGAAGGUGUGCAGUGCUGUUACGAGAAUGUCUCGGGUUUAUGUCGGGAAUCUGGAUCCUCGGGUCACUGAGAGGGAUCUCGAAGACGAGUUUAGGAUUUUCGGCGUUCUCCGCAGUGUAUGGGUUGCUCGAAGGCCACCAGGAUAUGCAUUUAUUGAGUUUGACGAUCGCAGGGAUGCUCUCGAUGCAAUCCGUGAAUUGGAUGGCAAGAAUGGUUGGCGUGUGGAACUUUCUCAUAAUUCGAAAGGUGGCGGAGGCCGUGGUGGGCGUCGUGGAGGGGGUGAGGAUAUGAAUUGUUAUGAAUGUGGCGAACCUGGUCACUUUGCUCGUGAAUGCCGCUUGCGCAUUGGCUCACGAGGCCUAGGAAGUGGGCGACGCCAAAGCCCUAGUCCUCGUCGCCGAAGGAGUCCAAGUUAUGGGUAUGGGCGCAGGAGCUAUAGUCCUCGUGGGAGAAGAUCUCCUCGGCGCCGCAGCAUAUCACCUCACCGUGGUCGCAGCUACAGCAGGUCACCUCCAUAUCGUCAUUCUCGUCGUGAUUCACCUUAUGCUAAUGGAGAUUAAAGUGGGACCUGAGCUGAAGCAAAUCUGGAAUGACAUCUAUGGCAAAUGAAUAUGCAAUUAUGUAGAUCUAAUAGGUUCAGUGAGCUAAAGAGAUUUAUGUUGCUUAUGUUCAUUUCGUGACAAUGAGGUUAUUAGAACUUUUGGUUUUGCAUGGCUUCCACUCUGCAGUGUUUCAGCCGCAAAAAGAGGUGCCUUGGACACCAUUUUGCGGUGGCUUGCUGUCUUCAGCUUAUGAAACUGAGAGGUCUCUUUCUUACUUCAUAUUGUUAUCUUCUUAUAUUUAUCUAGUAUGUUUUAUGUUAA